AUGCAGCGAACACCCCGCCACAGCGUCUCCACCACCAGCAGCAACGACAGCAGGAGCGCACGCAGCCCCAGCAUCUUCGACGCCACGUCCCCGACCAGCCCCUUCACCACCCCGCCGUCUUCCCUCAUCACCGCCAAAUCCAACGAUGCCGCCGGCUCUCUGCUUUUCAGCCCUGCCGUCGGCGUCUCCUUCACCAAGGGCACCAACCUCUUCAAGCUGAAGUUCACGCGCAUCGACGUCCUCAAAGACGCCACGGGGGCGCUGCGCCGCCUCGAGAUGAGUGCCGACGCCCACAAGCGCGAGAGUGUCUUCUUCGUCAACUUCCCCAACACGCGCCUGCCCGUCCCGCACCUGGAGCAGCCGUACGUCCCGCGCGCCGCCGCGUACCGCGUCUCUUUCCUCGAGGAGCAGACGAUGCAGACGGGCGGCAAUCUGUUUCAGGCGAAGCCGAGCUUCAGUUUUGACCGCUGGGAGGACUGUGUCAGGUUCCAGGAGGCGCUCUUGGGGCAGCAGGUCGUCUUCGUGGCGGGCAUGGCUGAGGCGAAGAGCAAGGGCCGAGGCGAGGAGUGUAUCACGCAGAAUCUGAGGGUGCUGAGGGUGCGGGGCACAGACAGAUUGACCAUGGUGUUCUUCGCCAACAGCCAGCGGAAAGAGAAGAGGAGAUACGUGAGUGUACCCGUGGCGAGUGUGGAUGGGGUGGAAGCGGGAAAGAAGGGAAAGGUAGCGAUCCGCUUGAGGGAAGAGGGCGAGGUCUUGAAGGCCAUGAAGGUCUUGCAGGUACAGUUUCUCGAGGAAGGUGACGCCGUGAGGUUUCUCCAUUUCGUGAAACGGUAG